AUGACUCGGGACGUCCCCUGGGCUGGGACGAACAUGUUAGCCAAGCCGAUAUCGGCAUCGGACAUCACCGCCCGGGUGGAGAAGACGACGCACCCGGAGAUGAAGAAUUCCCGGGUGGUGUCGAUGCGCCCUGAAAAGGGCUACAUUUCCUUGGGGAUGGGGCUCGUCAGGGACUCCCUACCCCCAAUCCCUGAGGACAAGGAGAUCCGGGCGAAGAAUAGGGCUUGGAAUGAGGAACAGAAAAAGGCAAAGGAGGACAAGAAAGCCAAGGCGGCGCGAAGGGCGGAGAGGCGGGAGAUCUCCUCUAAGAACCGCCGCAAAGCCGAGAAGGCGGGGGUCGCCCCGCCUCCCUCUCCUGAGACUUCGGUCUCAGUGAUAGAGGGUGGAGGAGAUAACGCCGACUGGCUCGACGAGCUGGCGGAAGAGGAUGACGUGAUCCAUCCUGCCGGCGGGGGGAUUGAGGCCCCAGAGGGGUCAAAAGCCCGAGGUGGGUCGGAGGCCCCUGAGGGGACCCAGGCGCCGGGGGGCGGACAGGUCGUCCCCCACAUCAUUGUAGAUGACGAGGACAGCGCCCCUUGUGAGGGUUCAGCCCCUGUGGGUCCUCAGGAGGGGGAGAAGGCGUCGGGGGUCGAAUCCGAGGGGCCCCCUCAACCGGUGGUGCCAGAGGAUCUGGCCGAGCCCUCCCCAGCGUCCGGGGCGGGAACCGGUGCCUCGAUGGAGGCGACGCAGACUGAGACCACCGUUGUGGCCCCCGCGUCGUUAGCGGAUGAGACGGGGGAUCAGCCAGCAGCCCCUAGCAAUUCGGGAGGCCCUCAAGGAGCUCCGAGCUCCCAGAAGAAGGCUGCUCCCCGAGCUAGCCGUAAGCAAAAGGCGCCUUCGGUGAUGCUGGCCCCCCUGAAGGUUGUGAAGAGGGGGGCUCAAUCGACUCCCGGGUCGGCUAGGCCCAUGUCGCCGCCACCUCCGAGCUGCGAGGUGGGAGAGCGCCACCAGGGGCAGGGCAUGGGGGCGCCGAUGCCCCAAGGACCGGAGGAGACGGCCCUUGCCCCCGGGGCUGCGCCUCCUCCGGAGGAUGCUGGUUUGGGAGGUGCGGUCCGACCCGCGCAUGCUGAGGAAGGGCGAGCCAUCGUGGCGUCCAGUGCGGCGCCUGAGGCACCCACGGCGGGAGGGCAGGGCGAUGCCCGAUGGGGUAAGAGCCCCGUAUUCUGGCCCAACCUCGAUGGUGCAGAGGGAGGGGCCAGGUUCGUUCUGGAUGACCCGUCGGAGAAUUAUCUCUGGCAGGGUCUAGACGCAUGCGGGCGUGCCAGCAUCGAGGCCAUCAACCGAGCUUCUCAGCUCGUGAGCCGCGACAUGUUCAAUUUGGCCCAGGCGCUCAAGGCCACAUCCCUGGAGAAAUCAGUCUUUCUCCACCGGGAAAGGGAUGUCUGGGCAACUUAUGAGAAUGAGAGGGCCGCCAGGGAGGCGGCUGAGGGGGAGCUCGCGAAGGAAGUUGGAGAGGAAGGUGGUCGAGACGACCUCUACUGCAGAGGCCCUGCAAAAGUCCUUUGA